GGCAACCAUGGGCGGAGGUUACAGUAGAAAGAGAGAGCAUGCCUUACCUUCCUUUGUGCUGCACGAGGAGCGUGUGUGUGGUCUUUGGUGCUGCGUGACACUUCUCCUGCUCACACCAGCUAACUGGAGUUCCUCCCUCCCACUCUUCAUUUACAGAAACCCUCAUGGACAGUCGGUGGGCCACCACAGAGCUGGCUUGGACCACAUUUCCGGAGAGCGGGUGGGAGGAAGUUAGUGGCUACGAUGACUCCAUGAGCCCGAUCAGGACCUACCAGGUGUGUAACGUCCGACAGCCGAACCAGAACAACUGGCUGAGGACAGACUUUAUCCCUCGGAGGGACGUACUUCGCGUCUAUGUGGAGCUCAAGUUCUCCGUCCGCGACUGUGCCAGCAUUCCCAACAUCCCGGGCUCCUGCAAAGAGACCUUCAACCUCUUUUACUAUGAGUCAGAGGGAGACACAGCAACAGACACCAGCCCUUUGUGGAGGGAGAACCCGUACGUGAAGGUGGACACCAUUGCUCCAGACGAGAGCUUUUCUCUGCUGGAGGCUGGCAGGAUCAACACCAAAGUGCGCAGCUUUGGCCCCCUCUCCAAGGCGGGUUUCUACCUGGCCUUCCAGGAUCUGGGAGCCUGCAUGUCCCUUAUCUCAGUCAGGGUUUUCUUCAAGAAGUGCUCCACCACCAUUGCCAAUUUUGCCGUCUUCCCUGAGACCGCCACAGGUGCAGAGGCCACUUCCUUAGUGAUCGCCCCGGGGGCCUGUGUGGCUAACGCCAUGGAGGUGUCCGUCCCUCUCAAACUGUACUGCAACGGGGACGGAGAGUGGAUGGUUCCUGUGGGCUCGUGCACCUGUGUCGCCGGCUUUGAGCCCUCCUCGGACGGCACGCAGUGCCAGGCUUGCAUCUCCGGGACCUUCAAAUCCAAAUUUGGGGAAGGAUCGUGUGCUCCCUGCCCAUCCAACAGUCACACCGGUUCACGAGGAGCCAACGUCUGUCCCUGCCAGAACGGCUUCUACCGCGCUGACAGCGACCCCCCCGAGUCCCCCUGCACCACUAUCCCCUCAGCACCACGCAACGUCAUAUCCAGCGUGAACGAGACCUCGCUGUCCCUGGAGUGGGAGGAGCCUGAGGACACGGGUGGGCGGGGCGACCUCGUCUACAACGUUGUGUGUAAGAAGUGCCUGCGUGACCGGAGCCCGUGCACGCGCUGCGAUGACAACGUGGACAUGGCGCCACGCAGGCUCGGGCUCAGGCAGAGGAAGGUGGUGGUGAGGAACCUGCAGGCUCACACCCGCUACAGCUUCGAGGUGCAGGCUGUCAACGGGGUGUCUGGGAAAACCCCCGCACCGCCCAACUACUCCACGGUCAACAUCACCACCAACCAGGCCGCACCUUCGGCUGUGCCCACUGUCCAUCUGAUGCGCUCCACCUCAGACACCCUCAGCCUGUCAUGGCUGCCCCCGGAGAAACCCAAUGGCGUCAUCCUCGACUAUGAGAUUAAAUACCAGGAGAGGGGCCAGGCCAUCUCUCACACCGUGACCUCUCAGCACAGCUCAGCCAAGGUGGAUGGGCUGAGGGCGGCCACGCCGUACGUGGUGCAGGUCAGAGCCCGCACCGUGGCCGGAUACGGGCGCUACAGCAACCCCAUGGACUUCAGCACCAGCCUGCACAGUGACCCUCAGAAGUCAGUCCAGGACCAGCUGCCUCUCAUCAUCGGCUCGGCGUCUGCAGGUCUGGUGGUGGUCGUUGCCUUGGUGGUGAUCGCCGUUGUCUGCCUGAAGAAGCAGCACAGCGGGUCAGAGCUGGAGUACACGGAGAAACUGCAGCAAUACAUUUCUCCUGGAGUCAAGGUCUACAUUGACCCCUUCACCUACGAGGAUCCCAACGACGCCAUUCAUGAGUUCGCCAAAGAGAUAGACAUCUCCUGUGUGAAAAUCGAAGAAGUCAUCGGUGCAGGUGAAUUUGGCGAGGUAUGCCGCGGUCGUCUCAAGCAGGCUGGGCGCAGGGAAAUGGUUGUGGCCAUCAAGACGCUGAAGGCCGGCUACACGGAGCGUCAGAGACGGGACUUCCUCGCCGAGGCCUCCAUCAUGGGUCAGUUCGACCACCCUAACGUGAUCCGGCUGGAGGGCGUCCUGACCCGAAGCUGCCCCGUCCUCAUCAUCACCGAGUUCAUGGAAAACGGAGCUCUAGAUUCCUUCCUCAGGCUGAACGACGGGCGCUUCACCAUGACGCAGCUGGUUGGGAUGCUCCGUGGCAUCGCUGCAGGGAUGAAGUACCUGUCAGACAUGAACUACGUACACCGAGACCUCGCUGCCCGAAAUAUCCUGGUCAACAGCAACUUGGUCUGCAAGGUCUCCGAUUUUGGCCUCUCGCGCUUCCUGGACGACACUUCAGCUGACCCCACUUACACAAGUUCCCUGGGAGGCAAGAUUCCCAUCCGGUGGACUGCUCCAGAGGCUAUUGCCUUCAGGAAGUUCACCUCCGCCAGUGAUGUGUGGAGUUACGGCAUCGUCAUGUGGGAGGUGGUGUCCUACGGAGAGAGGCCUUAUUGGGACAUGAGCAACCAGGACGUGAUGACGGCAGUGGAGCAGGACUACCGGCUGCCCCCACCCAUGGACUGUCCCAUGGUGCUGCACCAGUUGAUGUUAGAGUGCUGGAUGAAGGAGAGAAAUCUAAGGCCCAAGUUCUCCCGGAUCGUUAGCACCUUGGACAAGUUGCUCCGCAAUGCCGCCAGUCUCAAGGUUGUGACCAGCACCUACUCAGGGGACCUGCUGCGGCUGGGAGGAACUCUGCCAGGACACAACAGGAAGAGCCCGGACAACAGCCAGGAAAUCAUCCGGCAACAGAUGAGCCAGACUCUCCCCAUCAGAGUGUGAACUGCUGCAAGUCCAAGGAUGCAGAAUGAAAAAAAAAACCUACCUAAAAACUCUGGAGCAGGGGGUCUGAUGUAAAUGUAAAAAAAAGGAAAACAAAAGAUGAAGACUCCAGGAAGGAGGAGCGAUGAGGAGAUUUCUUUCCCACUGGUGAUUAAAUGUCUGUAUAGAGAGAACUCGCCAUUGCAGUGUUUGUUCAUCACUUGACACUUGUGGAUUUGUGACUGUUGACAUGAAGCCAAACUUCUUCUUGCUCCCUCUCAGGUUGUGUUUGCAUGCCUGCAUGUGUUUUCUGAUGGUUGGGAAGCCAUCUUUCCUUCUUUUCGCCCCCGCUCUAAGAGGGCGGAGAUGAGUUGGCGUCUGGAUGACGCGGCAGUGCCAAGAUGAAGCAAAUCUUUGCUUAAAUCGCUUCAACACAGCCUGACCUCUAUAUAUCUUCAACCCAGUUGUUUUCUGUGGGAGGAUGGGGGUUGUUUCAUUUUUUUAUCCCAACCAAAUAGAUUCUUUAAAUCUGCUAUUUUGGGGCUGAGAAACAAUAAAACUGUCAUCUGCUUCCUCCUAAA